AUGAACAGACUUUCGUUCAUUAGAACACCCUUCAGCAUAGCUGCGAAAUGGAGGGUAGAAGAUGUUUUUCUUCUCAUCAUUAUGAUAGUAUUAAACUAUCCCGUUUAUUACCAACAACCGUUCGAACGCCAAUUUUACAUUAAUGACCUCACCAUAUCACAUCCUUAUGCAACCACUCAACGUGUCGAUAAUAACAUGCUUUUCAUUUAUAGUUUUGUUGUUCCCUUUCUGGCAAUAUUAAUAAUUGGUUCCAUUUUGGCUGAUAGAAGACACUUGGUAUUUAUUUUGUACACGUCUCUUUUGGGCCUAUCACUCGCCUGGUUUAGUACCAGUUUUUUUACAAACUUUAUCAAAAAUUGGAUAGGAAGAUUGAGACCUGAUUUUCUAGAUCGUUGCCAACCUAUUGAAGGCCUGCCAUUGGACACUUAUUUUACUGCAAAGAAAGUGUGCACUACUGAAAAUCAUGAACGGUUAUUAGACGGGUUCAGAACAACUCCGUCAGGACAUUCAAGUGAGAGCUUCGCAGGAUUGGGUUAUUUGUAUUUUUGGUUAUGUGGCCAACUUUUGACCGAAUCACCACUGGUACCUUUGUGGAGGAAAAUGGUGUCCUUUUUACCGCUUUUAGGAGCUGCACUAAUAGCUCUCUCCAGAACGCAGGACUACAGACAUCAUUUUGUCGAUGUAAUUUUAGGAUCCAUACUGGGUUAUAUAAUGGCGAACUUUUUCUACAGAAGAACUUUCCCAUCUAUUGAUGACCCUCUUCCGUUCAAACCAUUGAUGGAUGAUUCAGAUGUCACUUUGGAAGAAGUGUUAGGUCAUCAGAGAAUUUCUGAUGAAGAGCUACAUGCUUUAUCCGAUGAAGGUAUCUAA